GCGUCUCAGCAGAGUUUUCAGUGAUGAAGACUUCGAGAUGGCAAAAGAAACUCAUCCUGUAUACCUAUUUGAAGAGAUGCCUACAUGAAAAUCCCUUUCAAGACUGCUGCUUCCUCUCGGACCUGCCGUGAUUGAACUUCAUCUUCUUCUAUUAGGAGAAAGGGAGAGUGGAUCUUUUUAGGUGCAAGAGCGGCUGUCUGCAGAAAUGCCAGCCAACCUCACCGUCUCAAACAACACCGUGCUAGUUCUGGGUGCCGAAAUUAACACUGCACAAACCCGGGACACCGACUAUAACUUCCCUGCUCUGAUAUUCGGAAUAUUGCUAAUUGUGGUCAUCAUUUGUGGAAAUUUGCUUGUGUGCCUUAGCGUGUACAGGGAAAAAGCUUUGAAAACUACAACCAACUACUUCAUAGUCAGUCUGGCUGUGGCUGAUUUGAUGUUGGCAGUUUUGGUUUUGCCACUGUUUAUAUAUGUUGAGUUCCAGGGUGGUCUGUGGUCACUGAACAUGCAUGUCUGCGACGGCCUGAUGACAAUGGACGUGAUGCUGUGUACGGCCUCCAUAUUCAACCUCUGCGCCAUCAGCAUCGACAGGUUCAUCGCUGUCUCCAUUCCACUCAACUACAACCUUAAGCAUGUUGAUCAGAGACAGAUCUUCCUGCUCUCCGCCACGUGGAUCCUGGCCUUGGCAGUGGCCUCACCCGUCAUGUUUGGCAUCCAAAACGUCCCGCAGCGGGACUCUACAGAGUGUAAACUGGAGGACGACAACUUCGUGGUCUACUCCUCUGUCUGCUCUUUCUUCAUUCCCUGUCCCAUCAUGCUCCUCCUCUACUGCGGCAUGUUCCGGGGAUUAAGGAGGUGGGAGGAGGCACGCAAGGCCAAGCUGAGGAGCAGCAUCCUGGUCUGUAGGAAGUUCCAGGACGCAACUGCCUCCCUGCCCCCGCUGGACUCCUUGCCUCCUCCUCUACCCCCCAUUAUCAAGAGGAAGGAGCUCACAGACAUGAAGCCAGAGCUAAAGGAUAUUAAUCUGGAAGAGCUGGACCCUUACCCCCUAGAGUCUCCAGACGGCCCCUAUAAUAACUCCUCACCAGACACACCAGACCGCCCCUAUAACAACUCGUUAACAACUACAGAGUACAAGGACGGCCCUGUGCCCACUGUGGUGGCCUACUCUAACAUUAGGUACAACCUCCACCCCCAAACCGACCCUCACCAGAAGAAGAGGGCCAAGAUUAAUUGCCGAGAGAGGAAGGCCAUGAAGGUGCUUCCUGUCGUUGUGGGUGCCUUCCUGUUCUGCUGGACCCCGUUCUUCGUGGUCCACACCAUGCGGGCCCUGUGUGCCACCUGUUACAUCCCCCCAUGGCUGAUGAGCAUCGUCACCUGGCUGGGCUACGUCAACAGCGCCCUCAACCCCAUCAUCUACACAGUUUUCAACACAGAGUUCAGGAACUACUUCAAUAAAUUCCUCCACAGCUGCUGUAUAUACCAAUAG